AUGGUGUUAAUGGCCUCCGAGACGGAAGACUUUAGCUUUUCAGAACCAUUUCACCUAACUUCUAUUGAUUGGGGCAAUGAAAACCAUCGAAGGUCUGUUGCUGCCAGUUUGGUUCAGGGUGUCUACAUUCUUGAACAGGACCGCCAAGCAAUCCGUCAAGGCCGUCUCCAUGCCCUUGAUCCUCGUUGGUGGGAGUUUUUCCAUUUUGAGCUGUUUCAUCAUCUUGUAGAUGAUGCUGAUUCUUCCAUCUUUUGUGCCAUUUAUAAAUUCAAUCUUCCAGCGUUUCACCUUAACCACUCACUACAUGGAAGUCCACGAUACGUGAUUGCUUUCCGAGGCACCUUAAUAAAGCUAGGCACUUUCUUUCGGGAUCUCAAGUUGGAUCUGGCCAUCAUUCGGAAUAUUCUUCACCGGACAUCUCGUUUUCAGAUUGCUGUGCAAUUUGUCCAGAGCUUUGUUACUGAAGUUGGCCAUUCAAAUGUCUGGUUAGCUGGCCAUUCCCUUGGGUCAGCAAUUGCAAUGCUUGCUGGAAAAACUAUGGCCAAGACCGGCAUCUUUCUUGAACCUUUUCUUUUCAAUCCGCCAUUCAGUUCUGUCCCGAUUGAGAUAAUUAUUAAGGAUAAAAGACUGAAACGCGUGAUACGAAUUGCAAAAAGUCUGAUCACAACAGGACUCACUGUUGCUAGGAAGACUAAACACCAUAGGAAAACGGAGGAGGAUCAAUUUGUUGCUUUGUCUCCAUGGGUCCCUCGUCUAUUUGUGAACCCCCGUGAUGUCAUCUGUUCAGAAUAUAUUGGGUAUUUUGAACACAGGAAAAAGAUGGAAGAGAUUGGUGCAGGAGGUAUUGGGAGAUUAGCAACCCAGAACUCGAUUAAAGUUCUGGGGAGGAAUGCAUUCCGAAAGGGGAAGGAGUACUCAGAACCACUACACCACAUUCCUUCUGCAAGUCUGACCAUUAAUCUAUCUCCUUCCCAGAAUUUUAAACAAGCACAUAGACUGAAGCAGUGGUGGAGUCCUGAUCUAAAGUUGCAAUCCAAGCUCUACAAAUAUAGAGAGCUGUGA